AUACUGAAGGCAUGGAAGCCAGGGCCGAUACACCCUUUUUUUUUAAAUACUACUACUACUACAAACUGUCACCCUAUUGUCAAUGUCAAUAUCAAAUAUUAUCUGAGAGAGUCUUAUUAUGAAACGAUUUAUUUAAACUAACCUUGAUUCCUAAAACAAAAUGUUUCGAUACGCUAUAUCAGGUUUACGCGCUAUACGACCUUUAACAAAGCAAUAUUUUAAGGCGGCCAGGAUUAUUAACAAUGAUCCCAAAAGCUAUGCAACAUACAAUACUUUACAGAUGAAGUCCCAGUCAGAACAAACUAUUUCUAAGGGAUCAUUGUUGGCAAACAGACAUAUUUUGGAUAUUUCUAAUAAUAUAACAUCAACACCAGUAAGAACUGUCACGAAAUUUAGCUUUAAUAAAGGAAAAAGGAAGACUUCUAAACCAGUUACAAGGAGAUUCUUCAGACUAUAUUGGGGAGCAUGGAUAAGACCUAAAGUGGGUAGACAAAAGAAGUUAUGGAAAAAGUCUUCAGCACAAAAGAGACGUCUCAGGCAACACGUUUUCUGCACAGCAACACAAAAUAAACUAUUGGACAAAAUGGUUACAAAAUUUUGGAAGCGACCGAAAUAUUAUGUUGAUGACCCCUAUACACCAUACCAUACUAGAGAGGAAUUUGCCAUAACCAGAAAAAAGCCUCUUGUAAGGGACUAAAUA